CGUGACACUCUCAGACUAUCCAUCUCGUCAUGCUCGCUCGUCUGUCCAAAACGCAGCCAAUAUCCAAGGCCCUCUCCACGCCUAUUUACACAAGUGUGCGCACCAAGACCACAACACCGUAUGGUCGCUCACACAUCCGCGCUAUGCGCUCGCGCAAACUCCCCAACCCCGUCGUACCCCACUUUCCUCAGCUCGUCUACCGCUCGGACGGCUCCUCUUUCACCCACUGGACCACUUCUCCGCGCUCUGUCAUCACCCUCACGCGUGACACGUCGAACAACCCCCUCUGGUCCGCCACGGCGCGUAUGAUGGGCGGACGUACUGGCGUCGAAGAGGAGGAGGAGGCGGGUACUGGGCGUAUGGGCCGCUUCAAGAGGCGUUUCGGAAAGGAGCUGGACGUAGAUAGCUGGUCGGACAUCCAUGAGGAAGCGAAGGCUGAGGACGAUGCACCAGCAAAGAAGUGAGGGGUGUCAACUUUAUUCGCUUUAGAGGCCUUCGAGCAAGUCUACGCUACUUUUACCACUACCAUCCCAGGCUGUAAUGAUUCUCU